AUUACAGAAAUAUUAUGUCGGGAUGAAUUACGUCUGUUCGAAAAUGCACAAAUGUGUGGAAUUUUGAAUCCUUAAAGUAAUUCUUCAUUUCGUGUCAUUACAAGGAAAUAAAAGUUUAUUGAUGAAUUAUUCAGUGUAUAAGUAUUGCGAACUCGUAAAGCGAUGUUACUUAAUUUGUACAUAAAACGGAAGACUUUGACCGCUUUGAGAAUGGCUUUCUACUUAGUGUUUUCAUAAUAAUAAUUUCGAGAGAGUAAUCGACUAUAUAACGUUUAAAAGCAAAGAAGUUUGCAAUAAAUAUGUCAAAUUCAAGAAACCAGGAAGCAAAUAGUCGUCCUGUCUCAGAUAUCAUUCGUCGCUGGAGAAAGAGACAACAGCCACUAGUUUUUAAUGGUGUGGGAAGUUCUUUUGAGGAUAAAAACAGCGAUUAUUUGUGUCCUGUUUGUUUUGAGAUAAUAGAAGAAGCUCAUAUGACUAAAUGUGGCCAUACAUUUUGUUAUAAAUGCAUCACUGCAAGUCUAGAGCAAAGUAAUAGAUGUCCAAAAUGUAAUUAUGUUAUUGAGAAGAAAGAUCAAAUAUUCCCUAACUUCUUACUAAAUGAAUUAAUAACAAAAUAUCAGCAACAAAAAGAAAAGAAACGGAAAAUUGAAAAUUCUAGAGGACAGAAUUUUUCAGAAUUGCAAGAAUUUUUACUUGAAGAAUCUGAUCACUUAGAUUUGAUUGAUGUAAAUUAUAUGUUAGAAGUUUUAUCACAAAAGAAACAACAAUUAGAAGCUGAUUGCAGAGCAGCACAAUUUCAACUUUUAAAAGAAUUUCUGGAUCAGAUAAGGAAGCAUAAACAAGAAAAUAAUGUAAGUGAUAGUAAUAAUCUCAAUGUUNAAUUUACUGAAAAUCUUUCAAAAUUUAUUAAAUAUAGUAAUAUGAGACCAUUAGCCACGUUAAAUUACGCCAGUGAUUUGUUCAAUAACUCUAGUAUAGUUUCAAGCAUUGAAUUUGACAAAGACAAUGAAUUUUUUGCAAUAGCUGGUGUCACCAAGAAAAUCAAGGUUUUUGAAUAUGGAGCUGUGAUUCGUGAUACUGUAGAUAUGCAUUAUCCAGUGAAUGAAAUGGUGUGCAAUUCCAAAAUAAGUUGUAUUAGUUGGAGUUCAUACCAUAAAGGAAUGUUAGCAAGCAGUGAUUAUGAGGGAACAGUAACGGUGUGGGAUGCAUUUACAGGUCAAAGAGUUAGGCUGUUUCAGGAACAUGAAAAAAGGUGUUGGAGUGUCGAUUUUAAUAGAGUUGAUACAAAAUUAAUAGCUUCUGGAUCAGAUGAUGCUCGAGUAAAAUUAUGGUCCACAUCAAUGGAACAUUCCAUAACCAGUCUAGAAGCAAAAGCUAAUGUUUGUUGUGUGAAGUUUAAUCCAGAUAGUAGAUAUCAUUUGACCUUUGGAUCAGCAGAUCACUGUGUACAUUAUUAUGAUUUGAGGAAUGUAAAGCAGCCAUUAGGUGUAUUUAAAGGUCACAAAAAAGCUGUAUCAUAUGUUAAAUUUUUAAAUCCAACAGAGGUUGUUUCAGCUUCCACAGACAGCCAGCUUAAACUGUGGAAUGUUGAUAAGCCACAUUGUCUCCGUUCCUUUAAAGGUCAUCUGAACGAAAAGAAUUUUGUUGGUUUAGCAACUGAUGGUGAUUAUAUUGCUUGUGGAAGUGAAAACAACGCUUUGUACAUAUAUUAUAAGGGUUUGUCAAAACAAGUUUUAACAUUUAGAUUUGAUACAGUCAGAAGUGUUCUUGAAAAAGAUAGAAAAGAUGAUGAUACUAGUGAAUUUGUCAGUGCUGUUUGUUGGAGGAUGGGUUCAAAUGUAGUUGUUGCUGCAAACAGUCAAGGAACAAUCAAAGUUUUGGAAUUAGUUUGACACUGUUGGACUUAGUACAUAAUACCAAAAAAAUCACAAUCCUGUACUUAUUUUAUCACAUGGUUGUGAUGAUGGAUCUCUCAACCAAGUGCAAAAAUUUCAUGGCUUACAUUAUGUAUAUAGUCUUAAUUAUCUUGUAUUUGACUGGAACAAAUAAUUGUAAUAAAGUAAAAUGUGUUUCUGUUUAUCAAUGACUUUUUAAUAAGAAAAUGAUUGUACACAAUUGUUUGUGGGAAAAUGCCUUACAGUUUGAAUAUUCAUAAGAAACUAAUUUAUAUUUUCCUGUUAUUUUUGAUAAUUGUAUUGAAAGUAAAGUAAUCAGUUAGCUUAAUAAUUUUAAUAUAGAUCAGUGUUUUUCAACAGGGGCGAUAUCGCCCCCAUGUGGGUGUUUUUCCAUGUUGAGGGUGCAAUUAGUAACAAUUUAUAUUUUGGAGGACAAAAACAAUUUUCUGGGCAAUAUAGUAAAACAUUAUAUUAAGAAUAAUUAGAUAUUUUAUUCGUUAUAUCGUACAAUAAUUAAACAAAACAUUAUAACUAUUCAAUGCUGUACGAAUUUGGAGUUAGCCUUGGCCCUCAGCAGAAUUUUGAAGUGAAUGAUUCGUUAGAGGUUGAGAAACACUGAUAUAGAUAAUGAUACAACUUUCUAGCAACUAAAUAUAUCAAAAUAUUUUGUGAAUUUAUGUUUAAUUUCUCUUAUUGAAACUGUUAUGUAUAUAAGGCUUUAGUGCUAACCAAUAAUUCUGAUGUGGUAGUAAGCAUUGGGCAGGCACAAAAUAUUAAUCAUAUGAACAAUGGCUUAUACAAGUAAAAAUACCAUUGAAGAAUACUUAAUUACUAGUUGUUGGAUUUCUAGGUAAAAGGGAAAGAAACAAAAACAAUGGAAGUGUGUGCAACCUUCUGCAAAAUAAAAAAUUUCUGAUGGGAGCAUAAGAUUUUUACAACAGGUAGUGCAAAGAAUAAGCUUACACAUUGUCAUUUGGGAUGUACACAGUUUCACAGAACAUUUCUGGAUUGAUUUCAAUACUUACUCUUCAACUUAUUCACUAUGUUUUUCACACAUAAUUGAAGAAGUGACAAACCCUUCAUUAUCUUUUGUAAAAAUCUUAUGUUAUCACCAAAAAAGCACUCUUUUUGAAGGAGUCUGUUGUCCAAAUCUUUGCUAAAAGUCUGCAUGCAUCUCUUCCAUUGUUUUCCUCUCUUUUCCUUUUAGAAACCCAACGAAUAGUGAUUAUACAGUAUUCAAUAGUGUAGUUACUUGAAUUGGCCAUUUUUCAUGUCCUUUAUCUGAAACGAACAAUAAAUGGAAUACAGUAGAGCAUCAAUUAUCCAAAUCAAUUGGGGACUGGAGUUGUUCGGAAAUAGAUUUUUCAGAUAACCGAUUAUGUACGAAAAAAUACAUU